AUGAUUCUGCUUGUGUUCAUAAUUACGAGCCUCUUGGUAUUGGCAGACGACCAACAGCCGGCAGCAUUCGACUUCUCUUUCAGCUCUGCCUUUCUCCAUCGUCUUCAUCCUCACGCCCCUCAACGCUUCGAGGCAUUUCAAGCGCGCCGCCUCCGUACGUUGCAACAGCUCUGCUUCCUUCCUGCGGCCAUCGCUGUCAAGACCAAGGGGCUCCAUUACUCACAAGAGGAGGUGAAGAUCCGGAAGCUGUCCCUCGCUGACAGCCCGCAGGAAAUCAAGCGAGAGCUGGGAGAGGAGCUCUUCCGAGGUCGAGGGCGACCUGCUUGGGGUCGACUCGCCAACUUGGCGGGGGCUCGGAUGAUCUGGCGAAGCUGCAGAGAUGAGCAAGGGGUCUGUCUGGUGCUGGAGGACGAUGCUGAGUUCACGGAGAGAGAAGGACGCGUGCUCUCUUCCUGGUGGUCCGGCAGCGUGCGAGAAUGCCAUUCAGGAAGAGACAUGUGCCGCAACGACUCGGCUGUCUCUGGUUGCCUACCAUGGGACCUGAUGCUGCUGGGCGUGUCCGAUGUAGCAGGAAGUUCUGGCCUUGAAGACGUGCGACGUGAAGUGUACGGGAAGGAGAUGAAGUGGAUCCAAAGACCAGCCGCCUUCUUCUUGUCGGGGUGUGUAGAGGCCGUGAAGAAAAGCGACUGGGGCUCUCAUGCUUAUCUUGUCACGCCGCAUGGAGCAACCAAGUUGCUGCAGGCGCCAGCAGACCUGCCGACGGAUGUCCUGAUAGGACGAGCCAGCGAGGAAAGAGCGCUCCUUGCAUACGUUGUCCGUCCAUCGCUGGUACGACAGAAACUAGGAUGUUCUUCAACUGAAGGCACGUGCAAGUGA